GCGACGACAAAAACUUAAAAUCCAAUUUCAGCCUCGGUCGCGUGCUCUUCACCUCCACUCGUCUCGCCGUAUUCGUCGUCUCGACCACCUUCAUUAUCUGGACAAGCCAUGACAGUUUCAGAUGUUUAUCGUCCUCCUCUGUUCAGUAUAGCCCCGAUGAUGGGAUGGACAGACAAUCACUACAGAACCCUAGCACGUCUUAUAUCAAAACACGCAUGGCUCUACACGGAAAUGCUAGCUGCUGAAACCAUUGUCUAUCAAGAAGCAAACCUGGACAGUUUUUUGGCGUAUUCUCCAGACCAGCAUCCCAUCGUACUUCAAAUUGGUGGAAGAAACUUGGAAAAUGUGGCAAAAGCAACCAGGCUUGCUAACGCUUACGGCUAUGAUGAAAUUAAUUUCAACUGUGGAUGUCCAAGCCCAAAAGUAAGUGGACGAGGUUGUUUUGGUGCUGUUCAUAUGCUUAACCCAAAGUUUGUUGGCGAGGCUAUGUCUGUCAUUGCUGCCAAUACCAAUGCAUCUGUCACUGUUAAAUGUCGAAUAGGUGUUGAUGAUCACGAUUCAUAUAAUGAGCUUUGUGAUUUUAUUCAUAUAGUUUCUUCAUUAUCUCCAACUAAGCAUUUCAUCAUACAUUCACGAAAGGCAUUGUUGUCUGGACUUAGCCCGUCAGAUAACCGUCGAAUCCCGCCCUUAAAAUACGAGUAUUUCUUUGCCCUUUUGCGUGAUUUCCCGGACUUGAAGUUCACAAUAAACGGAGGCAUAAACUCUGUGGUUGAGGCAGAUGCUGCAUUAAGGUCUGGAGCUCAUGGUGUUAUGCUUGGUCGUGCUGCAUACUACAAUCCCUGGCACGUUUUGGGUCACGUCGAUACUGUAAUCUAUGGAUCUCCAAGCAGUGGGAUUACAAGGCGACAGGUUCUUGAAAAAUAUCAAGUCUAUGGGGAGUCGGUUCUGGGGAAAUAUGGAAAAGGCCGACCAAAUCUUCGUGAUAUAGUGAGGCCAUUGAUCAAUCUGUUCCACUCGGAGCCUGGAAAUGGCCAGUGGAAGCGUAGAACCGAUGCUGCUCUCUUGCAUUGCACCACAAUGAAAUCGUUUUUGGACGAAGUGUUACCAUCAAUACCGGACUUUGUCCUCGACUCGUCUGUUGUCAAAGAGGCGACUGGACGCGAAGAUCUCUUUGCGGACGUACGACGUUUUUUGCCUCCUCCUUACGAAAGAGAGUCACAGAUUCAUCAGUCCAAAGAGUUGAAAAGAGUGCCAAAAGACUGUGAUUCUUGAUGAGGAAUGACAAAUCUCAAUUUUUGUUGUAUACAUUUGUCCUCAAAUUGGGACAACUUUAUUUGUAUCAAAUCGUGAGAUAGAUGCUUAAUGUAUAGGCCAUUACAAAGAAUAUUAGCCACAA